AUGCAGCUGCAGCUACGACUGCAACAACGACUGCAGAAUCCUAGCCCGGCUGGUCGCACAUCCGCCGGACCGCUUAUUAGAGACUCCUACGGAACGUAUUCAGUAGCUACAAUGGACGUCAGACUGGACAGGCCGGAAAUUGCACCGCGAUACUCCGUGCUCUACGGAGACAACUGA